GUUCAGGGCGUGGGCGCUAGAUUUUUCAGAUAUACUGACAGGAAUCCGGCUCAUUCAGGUGCCGGCCCGUUUUGCAUGAGCUGGGUGCACGUAGCCCGGCGAUGGGCUGGGUCACGUGACCAGACACUGUGAACUCGCGUCCGUCAAGCCUUCAGCCAUUGAGUUCAAACAGCGCAGAUAUAUGUAUAUAUGCAUUUGCGCAGCAUAUCGAGAUUGUAUAAUUUUCAGUCAUUUUCUCUACUUGUCUGAUGUCUUGCCAAGGUAUUGGAUCUUACUGACAUUUCUCUGUUCUGGAUUUAUUGCAUCCAGGCUGAAUACGUACAAGGUUUGUCGGAGACCAGCUAGUUUCCACAAUAGGUUCAUCAGACACGCAUUUGAACCUGCAUUCCUCUGUUUGUGCAGCUUCAAAAACUGCCUCUUUCAAAGCAGCAAUGUCCGUUUUCAGAUCAAUGAGUCUGAAAUCAUCCUUCAGGAGUAUCAAUGCAUGGUUAUUGUUUUUGGAGCUCGCAUGCUCAAAGUAAAGUACACUAUGAAACAUGGGGCAUCCAUUGAUUGGAAAGUCGAGUACUGUAGCAAAACCUGCAUCAAAGUGCUGCUCGGUCAAGUAGUCUCCUCUUCAAGUGUAUGGAUAUGCUAUCGAAGGCACCAGCUAUUAACGUCCACAUAUACAUCUGAUCUUCUCGUUGCGAGCGCCUCACUGUAGGAAAAAAACAAGAGCAAAUGAUGAACUUUGUCGGCAUUUUGGGAUACCUUCCUUGCUCUCUUCGCAAAGACUCAAGUAGCCUUUCAUGAAUGCCAAGUUCUCUAAGGCUUGGCCCAUAAGCACAAGCUCCUGUAACCGUACCAGUACAUCACAUCCAGCUGUGAGUCUCUGGGCCCGCUACGCCUUCAAAUAAAGCUUGGAAGGUUUGGAGUUGUAUUUAUCACACCUCAAAGUAGCUAACUUGCCAAGCUUGAAACAGAGAGGAAUAAUUCCGAGAUUCCAGUAAGGCGUGUACAAAACCUUUCC